AUGUAUGUGACCGAAUCCAUCAUGUUCUGAUGACAAAUGUUAUAAGACUUGAGGGCUUGUUCUCUUAACAGAUUGUGCAGGCAAGUAGGACAACAGUAUGAAAAAGACUUUUCAGUCUUAACUGGUCCUAUACCAGAGUGCACAUUAGCCUUUACACACGAAAUUGGAAACGAGGUAGGGAGCAUCCGACGACUAUUUAAUAUUAUUCAACAAUUUUUCGCUGAAGGCGAAGUGAAUAUUUGUGAAAAAAUACCUGAGACGAGGUCGAGGGGAUUAUUCAAUGAUAUUCACUGAGCCAGAGGUGAAUAAUUGUUUUAGUAUGAUUAGAGGAGGGUGAUCAUAGCGAGGUCACUAUAGCAAGAUACGACCAAUCAGAGCGCGCGCAUCACUAUAAUCGCCUAAGCAAAGGAAAAAGAUUGAUUAUAACAAAAGAAUGAUCAGACUACACGUUAUGUGAUAAAAAGACCCCCAGGUACAGAAGUUACUGAUAAAGUUUGCCUUUACUAAGGUUGGCCAUUUACUCUGUAGGAUUUACAGAAGAUCAUGGGUCGCAUUUGGUCUGUGCAUGGUUACUCACAAUUAAAGAAUGCUUUAAGACGAGGAAUCAGUUACCAUCACGCUGGACUGAAAAACAGAAUUCGCUGCUGCGUGGAGAUGCUAUUUAGAGAGAAGUAUCUUCAGGUAUAAUUUUAUUGACUGCUUGUUCCUAGAAACGAAGGUGGACGUUUAAGUAAUAACGUGGAGUAAUAUUUUUUUUCUACUGAACCUCUGUCAUCGUAAAUAGCACUGAGGCAUCGCUUUUUCUUAAAAUGAUUGUUUAAAAUAUGAAUUAAAAGAAUGUGUGACUCGGUUAAAAAAAAGAAAUCCAUACGAAAUAUCAGAAAAAGAUGAAAAGGAAUGGUACAGUGGCCUCAUCACUAUUGCACUAGUUUGGUUUGCUUUUAUCAACUGCAAACCGUGGCCUUUGUCAUACAAACUUUUAAAAUUUUGGUUAGUCUCUUUUUCCCCUUUAUUUUACCUUCCUUUUGUUUUUGUUUUUUCUUUUUGCGCACAGCUUACCUAUGAACCUCACCGGUUGUAAACGUUUCGAUAACAAAAAUAUAGUAACUUAACAGUGUAUAGAGACUCGGAGUUUUUUCGCUCCUUUUAGGUCGUUACAGCAACAGGAACCUUGGCCCUUGGUAUUCAUAUGCCUUGUAAAACGGUCGUAUUUGCUGGAGAUUCACCCUUUUUAAACUCCUUACAGUACAGACAGGUGAGUGCACUUUUAAAACACAAGUUUGUAUUCCUACAGAAAAACAAAUCGUUCCCACAGACAAGCGAACCCACUGAAACAGCAGGUGUCUGUACAUGUAAUUUCAUGGAAUGCAAGUGAAUGAAGCAGGCAGGGCAGCUACUUGUUUCCAACAAAAAAAGUACCCUAAAAGAUAGCAAUCACUACAAAUGAGACACAAAUAAUUUUGGAUGUAGCUCUCUUUGUCUGUAAUAAACAACCUUUCUAAGAAUGAUAUCAGUACGGACAGAGUACUUUCUAGUAUCUCUCUUGCAUGAAAGUAGAUCUAACAGUAUCAAGGGGUCGUUAUCCCCUCAGUACUCCUAUCAGACUUCGAUACUCAUUGAAGCAUUUCAAUGAUAAUGACUACAUCACUGUUCUGCCAUCAUGAUUUUGUCCUUUUUUGUCCCUUUUUUCUUCUUUAGGCAGAAAGAGAUAAUUUUUAUCUACAACGAAUCUAAAUUAAGACUUGAUCUUACUCUCUCAUCUAUCUAAUUUCAGAUGUCUGGCAGGGCAGGUCGCCGAGGUUUUGACCCUGUGGGAAAUGUAGUGUUUUUUGGAGUUCCUUUCCGUAAAAUUCAACGUCUUAUCACAGCCAAUGUUCCAAAGAUUGUUGGGAACUUCCCCAUUAACGUAUCAUUGGUGUUGCGCUUGCUUCUGAUGAUAUCAAAGGGAGAUGAUGUAAAAGAUGCACUCACGAAGGUUUGUAGGAAAGACGCCUCCACAUUUCUUCUCGAAUAAUUCGCCUAUUCCUUUUGCGUUAGAUACUUUGUACGAUUGUUGCCAGCUUUUAUCGAUAAUCAACUCUCUUCGUGCUGAAGGCGAUGUGAAUUGUGUCGCACGAUAACAGUUACAGCUUCUUUGAAGUCUUUCAUAGAAUACUUUCCUUCCUCGUCCUCAGCUACGAAUAAGACGAGGAAAUGUACUACUAGAACUUAUAUCAUUGCAGACAAUCUAAAACGUACAGAUGAGAUUUUACGAAAUUUACGUGAAACAAUGGUCAGUUCUUAGUCUUAUUUACACAGUAAUAUGCAAAAUCCCAACUGAUCGUUUCUCAGUCAAUUCAUGAACACACUAAUGCCCCAUUCACACCAAAGCUUAAACAUGUUUAAAAGUUGUUUUGUUAAACACAGUUUAAUUUUUUUUUUCUUCAUAGAAACUAUUUAACCGAAUAUUUUUGACUUGAAUGUAGCACAUCGGAAAUGCAAGUUAGCAAGUACUUGAAUCCUAUGGAAAAUCAAGUUUUUCAGUUCUCUGUUUAUAAUUUUCAUUCAAUGAAAACCAGUUUAACAAAACAUGUUUUGCUGGUGUGAAUGGGGUAUAAGUUAUGUACUUACUCUCAUUUUCAGGCUCUCUCACUGCUGUCGCACCCUUUCAUCUCCAUUACUCACGCCGGAAUGGAGGGCCAGAUUAAGAAACAUUUCUUAUUCAGCGUCGAGCUUCUUGCCAGAUUGGUGAGUGUCAAAAUCAGAUUAUUUCUACCGCAGAAAUGAGAGGCAAGGUAGAAAUAUUUUGCUAGUAUCAGUUAUCCUUGUUUUCCUUGGUUACAAGUUUGUCUAUGUACUUCAAGUUAGGUGAUCACAUAUUCGCUCUUGCAGUUCAACAGUCUUACUAUAAACUUUUAAGCUCGCUCAAAUCCUGUAAACCUUUUCUUUGCAGGGUCUUAUAAAACAAGAAAACGGCGCUCCUCAGGAGAUGGCAGGACUGGCGACACAUCUUCACUAUCAUGAGCCCUCAAACUAUGUGUUGGUCAGUUUUCUUCAACGCGGUCUCUUCCACAAGAUUUGUCAGCCGGGAAAGAAUGGUAAGGACUAUUUAUCUUCCCUCAGAGUACAUAAUAUUCAUAGCCUCCAACCAAAGGUUAUGGAAGAUUAGAAUGCUUAUGAUAUCAUACUAUUGAUCGCUAUCACAGGAAAAUUCUCAGACGACGUGUUGAGAAAGAUGGUGCUCGUUCUAAGCCACUUGUUCGGCAGACGAUACCUUCACCCUUCAUACAAACGAGCGGUCCAUUUGUGCCCGACGUCAAAAGUAUGUUUUUGUAAAUUUUGAAAAAUGUAAAGCUGUUUUAACACGCUUUAUUGAGCAAACUUGUGUUAGUUUUUGUCAUUUGGUAUGAAUGAUAACGUAUCAUCAUAACAAGUUUGGUCAUUAUUAUCAAUCUAUCUUGACGCCCGCCUUAUGAUCACCCAGAAAAUAUUUAAUCAUUCCGUUCUUUAGUGCAGUUAAAUUUGGCCUUUCCAGAGAAGUACCCAUUAAGUGGCGGGAUAGAAGAGUAAUACAGGGCCUGUAUCGGGAGAGAGACAUUUCUAUCUUAACCAACAAAUAAGUAUUGCAGAAGAAAAGUACUUAGAAAAAUUAAAACUUAUGAGAAUGUCUAGAAAACGCUCUGGCACCGGUUUUUCAAGGGGUGGAUAACGCUAUCCGCUGGAUAAAUCUCUAUAUGGUGGAUAGCGUUGUAAAUUUUGUUGACAUUUAUCCACAUGGAUAGCGAGUUAUCCAUCAUUUGAAAAACUGGGCUUAGUUGUUUAUUGACUGGUCGUUGUAGAAAGAUAAUUUGGCAUUUACCGCACACUUUUGUGACCGCAGUCGUCUUGGAGUUGCUAAAGUAAGAGUAAGUGUCUAAACCGUUCCUCAAGACAAAUUGAAUACCGUAUAUGAGCUUAUUAAGCUUCUUCUUCUCAUUGCCACAGCAUAUUUCAAGGGACUUAGCUGCAUCUCAGUUGAGCCCGUUUCGUUGCUUGACUAGCAUCAGCUUUCCUAUGCUUUUAAAAACAGAUGAUUCUCACUGCUUGUUUUUCGGUUUUUGUUUUUCUUUUACGUAUCUCAUCCCUUUCAAGGUAAUUUUGAAGGAUCUUCCAGAUGAAUUUGCUACGGCUCUAAGAGAGUACAACCGCCAAGUCACAGAUGUCUUUAGUCAGUACCUCACUACGGUGGCUGCAGACCUCGAAAAGGAAAGAGGAGAGGAGAACAAACUCCCUUUAUCGGGCAUAGGUAAAAUACGAUCCCUUAUUAUUUUAUAUGUGACCGUUUUUUUUACCAAUGGUCGUCAUACUAUGAGUUGUUGGUUAUUUUGGCGGCAAGUAAAAUUUUUUAGUGGAUCCAUCACCAGUUCCUUCGCAUUGCAAGGCUCCGUUUUCCGUGAAAACAAUUAUUUGUAUUUCACGGCUUUGACAAGAAUUACACUUGACAUGUUUUGUCAGCGUUUGUUUGUUUGUUUCUUUCUUUCUGUUUUUUUUUGCAAGCGACACUAACGAGUCAGCUCUGCGCAACGGCUAAAAGGAAGGCCUGGUGCUAUUUUGGCAAUUCUAUUUCCAGAUCGAAGAGGAUAAUUCUUGGCAAAUUUCUCACUCUGUGCUAAAAAGGCCCCUCUCCUUGGUUUACUUACAUCGGUCCACAUUCCCAUACGAAGUACAUCGUACAUUGGUUAAUUGCUGUACACUGUACCUAUGGUAAUAGUUCAAAAGAGAGAAACACCCGUGAGCAAGGUUAAGCUUAACAGUAAACGUAGGUAAAUUCAAUUUUGAAGUUAAAAUGUUCUUAUUUACCAAACGGAGUAAACUUCUUUUGCAGAAUUUCCAAAGCAAGCAAGUGUUGGUGACGAUGAAAAGUACGAUGUUAUCGAAGGGCUCGUGUCCUCAUCCAUACCGUACUCCGCCUGCUCUUCCUUCGCUGCAUUGUCGGGAAAUUCAGACAUACAAUUGCAUUCUUCAAGCGAGACCGCAGCCAGUUAUCCAAAAUCACACGAAAGAAAUGUCGACGUCGCCAAAGAGAACGCAACAGUUGAGCUUUAUGAAGAAGAUAUAGAAGAAGAACCAAUUGAUCAUCUGCUUGAGGUGAAAAAAGUUUCCCAAUACCCCACGUCCCUUAAAAUUUUGAAAAAGUUCUCUAACACUUUCGACGUGAUUUCGCAAGGUUGCAUGCAUUUUGUUCUUUCGUCAUUUUAAUUAGUAGCAUACUUGUAAAAACCUUUGGAAACUGCUUGCACUUCAUUCGGUGGAAGUUUUCUCAAACAACCUAAACGAUCAAACACUGGUUAAAUUUAUUUGCUGACACUUGAUCCUGAGAAAACUGCCAAAUAUGAGUUUUUUAUCUAACAGUUCUUUCACGUUUGGAACUACAAUCAUUUCAAAACAAUCUGUAUUUUCUCUUUUCGUACUUUAUAUGUUUUCACUUACUCUUUUUACUCUUGACUGUACAGUUACGUGAAGCAUCGUCGAAACGUCAUCACAAUACUUUUACGAACAGUUUUUAUAAAUUUUUAUAAAGUUUUUAUGUAUUUUAACAACGGUUUAGCGUUGAACUUUGCAAUCAAAUGUAAUUUCGUCCUGUGGCAGUUUAAGUAGUUACAACACCAAUUUAAUACCGUUACCAAAUUCGGCUACCACUUUUUCUUUCAGAUUGUUCGACGAGAUGUUUACACCGACAUCCAUGUUGUUCCCAUCCUCCGGCUGAAAAAAUGCAACCCAGUCGGAAGUGCUAUGCCCUUGAAUGCUUAUGCUCUGGAUUUUUUCAAGCACGGGUCUGCCAAAGUCAUUGAGAAAGAAAACGGGUCAGUAAGUUAAUCACAGACGUAUUUGUAAAAGUUCUCCAGUGAGAGAAGCGAAGAGGCAUCUUGAUCAUUGGAUCAAGGAAAGAUAGAUUUUUAGAGCUUAACACUUUCAUCACAGUGUCACUCUUCACCCAGGUGGUACAAAGUGUUAGAGAAAUCCACUGAAAUGCUUAGACAACCUACAGUGAACUAACAUCCCAUUCCAAGAGGAACACAUCAUUACCCUUAGUCACUCCAUGCCUUGAAGCACCCUCUGACAGUUAUAAGUCACCUGCCUUUGAAUUUUUGUCAACCCCUCAAGUCUUCCUUUAUUCAUAAGCCUCUGUUUUACGAUUGCUGAACAUUGGGGAAAAACUGUAUUGUAAACUAACCGUCAAGCUUAUUCCCCAUAGUUAGAGAGACAUUACGUACCUUUCGAGUUAAAAUUGGGUGUGGUUAGCUAAAAGAUUCGAGGAAACCACUUGUUAUAGGCGUGCAUAUCUUUUAGUGACUCACAUGCCACCACUGUUCAUACAAAUCUUUAGGAGUUGUAUUCAGGCGUGACUUAAAGUUGAAUGCAUGUUUAUUUUGUAGAAUCAAGGCCGGAGAAGUUUUUCAAGUGUUAAAGGAUUUUGUCCUAACCAUGAAGUCAAUCAGGUAAAAAAUGGUUAUACGUAAUGCAGUGUCGACGUUUCAGUCAAUGUUCUAUGACUAACGAAACAUCCAGUCCUGAUCGUCUUACGAAACUCGACAAGAUGUAUGUAAAGGGCGAGUGAUAAAGUAAACUUUGUACGCGAGAACGAAAGAAAACAAUCGGUUAAGUGUUGUUGUUGCUGUAGUAGUUCUUGUCAUAGGAUUAACCCUUGUGGUUGAAAGCUAUUGACGCGUUUACGGACACUUCAGUUUGCUGUUUCCUCCAGCUGCAGCCACUAAGAAAUUAAACGAUAAAUUCUAAAAGUCGCAUGGUAGGAGAUCUUGGUUUAGUAAGUUUAAGUCAGGGAGUAUUAGGGUAUUUAUUAGGGAAAUAACUUUUAACUUUAAAUUUUCUUUAUUCGCAGUACUUCUCUGGAAGAGCUGGGUCCCGAGGGGGAUAAUGUGGUGGUAGCUUUCAAACAGCUCGCCGAGGAGUAUGGAAACAAGUUCAGAAAGCAGUUUGAUGCGGACAUUUGAAAUAGUCCUCCCCGUAGUUGAUUAAAUGUCCUUAGAAAAAAUCAGUAAGUCAACGAAAGAAAGGAUUUGCCGAUUGCUAACCGAUUUGAAGUUAUAAUUUUUGAGGACAACCAUAGGUGAUCAAUGCGGAAAAUUUUUGUUUUCUAAAGAAAGAGUU